AUGGAAGAAACGACAUCUCAAGAAAUAUUUGUUGAUUUUGGUAAAAUUUGUAGGCUGUGUUUAACCGGUGAUGUUGUUCUUAUUAAUUUAUUUUCAACGGAUUCAUUACUCGAAAGCGAAAAUGAAUCCAUACGUAAAAAAAUUUUCGAUAUUAUGUCAAUUGCGAUAGUUAAAAAUGAUGGAUUUCCAUCAUGGAUUUGUUAUAAUUGUUUAGCACAAGUAGAAAAAUUUUAUGAAUUUUUUAAUCAGUGUCAAACAAAUCAAGCUGCUUUAAAUGAAAGCUAUAUAGCUGCUUUAUCAGAAUUUGGGGUUAACGUUGUCACCAAAAAGGUUAUUUAUGAUAAUGAAGAAGAAUCGAAUAAAAAUGAAAAUAAAAUCAUUAAAGAAGAAGAAGAAGAAAUUUCCACUCCUGAUAAAAUUUAUUGUUGCGACUGUUUAAAAGCAUUUAAAAAUGAUGAUGAAUUUAUUAUUCAUCAACUCACAGUUCAUAGUAACAAUCAAUUAGAAAGUACAAAAAAUGAUGAUGAUGAUGAUGAUGAUGAUUCCAUAUCAAAUAAAACUGAAUUAUAUGUGUGCGAUGUUUGCGGUGGAAAAUUUCAUAAUAAAAAUGCAAUAUCGACACACAUAAGAUUAAAACAUUUAAAAGUAAGCAAAGAUCAAAGUAUCGAAAGUGAGAAAUUGAUCGCUUGUAAAUAUUGCGGUUUGUCGUUCAAUAAAAAAAACACGAGCAGACACUUCGAAGUCGUGCACAGAAUGAACAAAAACAUUGAAACGGAUCAAAGAGAUGUGGGUUCGUUCGAUUGCAGAAUAUGUUACAGACCAUUUUUAAGACAAUCGUCCCUCAGGAGUCACAUAGAAAAAGUACACGGUGAUAAUUUAGAAACGAUGGCACAAGUUGAAAAUUGUAAAGUCGUUUGGAAUUGUUGCGAUUGCGAUUCGAUUUAUUUGAAAAAAAAUGAGUUGAUUAAACACUGCGAAAAAAUCCAUUCGAAACAUCCCAACGAAAUGGACGGUUUGAGAAGUUUAAAAAGUAAAAAUCUCAUAUGCGAUAUAUGUGGAAAUAUAAGUUCGAAUGCGUUCGAAUCCUCACUUCAUUCCCUAUACUAUCACGCGGAGGACGACGUCGUUGAAAACGAUAACGAAAUCGAUUGUGUGGGAUGUGAUAAAAAAUUUAUCGAUGGAAAAAGUUUAAAAAUUCAUUUGAUAACGUAUCAUUGGUUUUCGUCAACCAAUUACGAUAACGAAUGCGUUUUCUGUUAUUCGACAUUCGACUCAAACGAUUCCCUUAGAAAUCAUUUGAGUAUUACGAAUGAGGGAAACGCGGAUAUGGAAAUACAAACGGAACAAUUUCAAAAUUUAUUCGGUUGCGAGACGUGCGGUGAAUUUUUCAAAUCCGAAACCGAUUUAUCAAAUCACGAAACGAAAUGUCCGAUAUGUCACAAGUGUAAAAUAUGCGGAAAAGAUUACAAGACGAACAAUCAUCUCAAAAGACACGUUGCCGAAUUUCACAACACUCUAUCCCCGAUAAAAUGCCCCCUUUGCCCAAAGAUAUUCCCUAGAAAAAUGAACCUUCAUCAUCACUACAAGCGAAGGCAUUUGAAACAAAGUAAAAAAUUCGUUUGUUCCUACUGCGGUCAAUCCCUGAAAGGAAUCGUCGCUCUGAGGAGUCACGAAGAUAGACUCCAUAGAAACAUAAGAAGUUAUAAAUGUACGGAUUGUCCGGAAGCGUUCACGACGAGAGGAAUAUUGAGAAAACACGCUCAGAGACAUUUGACCGAACGUCCCAUGCUCCAGUGUCAGUUUUGCGAGAAAAAAUUCAGCACUAUAAGCGGAAUUGAACGUCACAUAAAAACCCACGAGGGAAUAAAAGAAUUUCAAUGCGACACUCCUCUCUGCGGCAAGUCGUUUUACACGAAAAGCGAACUUAAAAGACAUAUUAAAUUUCACACGAAAGAUUUCAAACACGUUUGCCCGGUUUGCAAUCAUAAAUUCGUGUCGCCGGGAGAAUUGAAAAAACACUCGACGAAACACACGGGCGAACGUCCUUUCAAGUGUCACUUGUGCUCUUGCACGUACGCGAGAAGAGACGACAAAGUCAAACAUUUGAAAAGGGUUCAUAAUUUGAAAGUGAAAAGGGUUUACGGUACGCCCAUACACAAACCUUUGGGCGACAAUGACGAUUUCGUCGACACGAUCGUCAUAGAUGAAAGUUGCAUCGAAAACGUUUCUUGA